AGUUCUGUAUAUUCCAUUCCAUUGCUUCACAAUGCUCAGGACUCCACUCAGAGCACCUUUCCGUGCUCUUUCGACUGCUACACGCAGCUCGCUCAAAAUUGGUCUUAUUCCUGCCGAUGGCAUUGGAAAGGAGGUCAUUCCAGCAGCCCAAAAAGCCAUUGAGGCACUUGGCUCGGAUAUUCCGAAGCCUGAGUUUGUCCCUCUCCUUGCAGGCUUCGAGUACUUCACCCGACACGGCGAGGCGCUUCCAGAAGAGACCGUUUCUGCGUUGAAGGAAUGCGACUGUGCACUCUUUGGUGCUGUCAGCUCGCCUUCCAGGAGAGUGACUGGCUACUCGUCACCGAUCGUUGCGCUUCGCAAGAUCCUCGAUCUCUACGCAAACAUUCGUCCGGUCAUUUCUGUUGCUGCUAAUCCCGCAGACAAACCCGACGUUGACCUCGUCGUUGUGCGCGAAAACACUGAAUGCCUUUAUGUCAAGCAAGAGACCAUCACAACAACGGAAAAUGGCCGUGAAGCUCGUGCUACCCGUCUCAUCACUGAACGUGCUUCUCGCCGGAUAGGCAAGAUGGCAUUCGAGCUCGCCUUGGAUCGCCCUCGCAAGCACGUAACAAUCAUUCAUAAAUCUAAUGUUCUCUCCAUCACCGACGGUCUUUUUCGAGAAACUGUUCGUGCAGUUCCCCAACUGCCAGAAGUGAAUGGACGAUUUGACGGAAUCACAAUCGCCGAACAGCUUGUUGAUAGUGCUGUCUACCGCUUGUUCCGCGAACCUCAGAUAUAUGACGUCAUGGUCGCGCCCAACCUCUAUGGUGAUAUUAUCUCCGACGCUGCCGCUGCGUUGGUCGGUUCACUCGGUCUUGUGCCAUCCAUCAACGCGGGAGACGACUUCGUGAUGGGCGAACCUCAUCAUUGCUAGUGUUCAUGGAUCUGCCCCUGACAUUGCCGGUCAAGGCAUUGCCAACCCAAUUGCUUCCAUUCGAUCUGCUGCGCUCAUGCUCCGACGACUUGGUUACGCUAAGGGUGCAGACAGGCUCGACAAAGCUGUUGAUGAGGUGAUUAGAGAGGGAAGAGUUUUGACUCCUGACCUUGGUGGCCACGCAAAGACCACAGAGGUGUUGGAUGAGAUAUUGAAGAGAAUCUAAAUACAUGUAGAAGGGAACGUGAAGAUUCAACCCCCCUCGUUGCUGACCUUUGCUUCAUUAUAUUGAGUUGGUUAUUAACACUGAUGAAGCAUGCCUUCGUGUUGAAGGCUGUGAUUAAGGACUGAAAUCUGUACCCUCGCUGAUUUCUGCCCGGAACAUUUCAAGACAUGAAUUUAAUAUAAUUACAUUAUGCUGAUACAUCUGGAAGCAAGUAGAACAGCAUAUCUUUUGUAAAUCCCAGACAAGGGUCAACUUUGCUUCUCUAUCU